AUUAUAAUGCAAAAUAAUAUUUUUUGAUUUCCGUAUAUUUUUAGUUAUCAAAAGUUAGACAGCCAUCAUGGCUUCCUCCAUUUUCAAGGUCGGACAAGCUUGCCGGCUUCUUUUUAAAUCAAAGGCCACAAAAGCACCCAAUUUAUGGAAGAUAGUUACGCUUUCGGAAAGGCAAAUUCAAACAUCUUCAAAAUGGAUGGGAGUAACUCAAUUACUGAUGCCAUCACUGUCUCCUACAAUGGAAGAGGGUAACAUCAUUGCAUGGCACAAGAAAGAAGGUGAUAAGAUUAAUCCUGGUGAUGUCUUGUGUGAUAUACAAACUGAUAAAGCUGUUGUUAGUAUGGAUACAGAAGAAGAGGGUAUUCUUGCUAAAAUAUUGAUACCUGAUAAUGCUAAAGAAAUAAAAGUUGGUGUAUUAAUUGGAUUGGUGGUAGACGAAGGUGAUGAUUGGCAGAACGUAGAAAUACCGGCAGAUGCUCCAUCAUCAUCGUCACCAGAAAAAACAACUUCACAGUCUUCUUCAGCAGCACCACAGUCAGAUAGCGUAUCUUCAACAACUACUCCUCAAAAAAACAAUUUUAUGGGACCCUCUGUAAAGAAGUUAUUAGAAGAAUAUGGUGUAAAAGCUGCAGAAGUUCCUCAUACAGGUCCACAUGGUGCUCUAGUUAAAAGUGAUGUUAUUACCUAUAUAGAAUCUAAAAAAAUACCCAGAGUUCAGUUUGACGCAGUAGCUCCCUCUGUUGACACUUCAAGCUCAAUUUCUAGCCAGCCUGUUGUAUCAGAAUUACCUGCCUUGGAUGAUGAACCAUAUAUUGAUAUACCACACACAAGUAUGAGAAAAACUAUAGCUAAACGUUUAACCGAAUCAAAGUCAACUGUUCCUCAUUCCUAUGCUUCUAUCAACUGUAGAGUCAGUUCUGUUAAUCAUUUGAGAAAAAGAUUAGUUGAACAAGGUAUUAAAGUUUCAAUGAAUGAUUUCAUAAUUAAAGCCGUAGGAUUAGCUUUACAAAGGGUACCACGAUUAAAUUCUACAUGGAAAGAUGGUAGUGCCCAUAUAUCACAGACUGUUGAUAUAUCAGUAGCUGUGGCAACAGAUAAUGGCCUUAUUACACCCAUAGUCAAAAAUGCAGCAAGCUUGGAGGUUGAUGAAAUAUCCAGUACUGUCAAGGAAUUAGCAGGAAGAGCAAGAUUAGGAAAAUUACAGCUUCAUGAAUUUCAAGGUGGUUCUUUUAGUAUAUCUAAUCUUGGUAUGUUUGGGAUUAAAGAAUUUACUGCUGUUAUAAACCCGCCACAGACAGCUAUUAUGGCUGUAGGUACAUCUAGAAUUUUAAUUGGAUCAGAUGGGAGUCCAACACCCAUAAUGACAGUAACUUUAUCAUACGAUAGUCGAGUAGUGGAUGAAAUAGAUGCUUCUGAGUUUUUAGAAAUGUUUACUAGUAUUAUAGAAAGUCCGGAAAUGAUGGUACAAAAGUCUUUAUCACAAGCUAGAGGAUUCUUUUAGAAGUUUAUUUAUUUGUAUUCUUCAGCCAGUUUCCAGGUAAAUAACCCUACUACCCCACCCGACACAGGGCCCAUAUAACAGAAAUCUUCAUGAUGGGUGGGUUUAUUUUAUUAUGUCAUUGUAAAAGGUUGUAAAUGACAAAAUUUCAUAUGCCGUCGGUAAACCACGAGUGUUGCUGCCAUCAUCAAAAAGAUCAGUUACCAUGCAAAAAAAAGCCCCAGAAUCUGUAUGUAUCCAGACAUGUAACAAAAUAAUGAAUGGUGUUUUUUAUCACCAUUUACAUUUUAAAUUUUAUUAGUAAAAGGCUCAAGAGUGAGAUUUUUUUAUUUAUUGCCUUCUGUACAUAUUGGCUAGUAAUAUUGUAGAGAUGAAAUAGUCAUACUCAAUAAGAUCUAAUAAUUGAUACAGGAUUCUAGAAAUGUGAUUUACAAUAGAAACCGAAUAGUGGAAAUAUAUGAAUGUAAGUGAAGUGUAAAAAGUGAUAAAAGAUCUGAUUUAAAUCUAAUUAAUAUAUAUUACAUAUUUAAUGAGUGCUACAUAAGAAUUAUAAUUACAGUACUAAGUAUUGUGUUUUAGAAAAUGUACCGUGUUUUUGUUAUGUAUAAAAGAUACAAAUAAAUAUCUGUCUUUUCUUGUC